AUGGACCAGCUCAAGUUCAAGCCGCUGAUUAAUGGCUCGCCCGGCAUGGCGUUGGACCGCUUCUACCGUGAUCCCACGCCAGAAGAAGAGAAACAAUUCAACUUGCUGAAUCUGAAGCACCUUUUUGAAGAUCCCAAGAGCACCGGCCACCGAAAACGAUGCCGAUCUAUCUGGAGCACCGACGGCGAAGAGGAGGAAUCUCCGGAAAACGUAGGUUUUUGAAGGUUUUAUGUUGUAGAUGGGUGAAUUAGGUAUGAAACUUGAGGAAAUGGUGUUGAAUAGUUAGGGUAAGAUGCAGAAAAGGCCUGGUUAACUUAUUGUGUUGUUUUGAAUACGUUUCAGCAAGAUUCAUGAUGUUUUUCGGUAUUACUUUAGAUGAGCUUUGAUGGGUAAUAUAGACUUAUUGAUAUUUAAAUCAAAUCUUGGCUUCUUGUUGAGUUUUACAGCUUAGAAGAUGCAGAAUAGUCUAAUUGUCUUUUUGCUAUCUGUUUCUAAGGUUUUUGAAUUGUUUUACAGUCCGAAUUUUCAAGUGCCGUAAAGGAUAAACAUUCGAAAUUGGUCGUAAAAGUAAAGUGGCCUGCUGUGCUGUUAGUAUGGGUCGUUUUUAUGAGGUUUAUAGUUUAAAAGAUGCGGAAGAGUGUAUUCUUGUUGAUGUAUGUUGUUUUGGUAAAAAUAUGAUUUUUUAUUACCCAAAUUUGAAGUUUUGUCAAGGAUAACAUAACAAAUUGUGAGCGAAAUGAAUAUUUCUUGUUUUGAUGCCAAAUUCAAAUAUUUUGAUGCUUUGUAGAUAAUAUUUAUCACGGCUUUAAUAAUUAUAUUCAUUUUAGUCUUUCACAACAUCACCAGUCGUUCAGCCCGAACCAUUCACGUUCAUUCCACCUCAAAUGCAACAACAAUCUCAAAUUCAGCAGCAACCGUUGAAACUGAUGAACCCCGAGUUACGUCGUCUUUAUUCUCAAACACAGGUGGAGCCGAUCUUCGCCGCACCCGACAGGCAAUACGAAUCGAUGCACAACCCGGACCUGAAGCGCUUCUACGCACCGCCCGACGCCUCCGACGAGCGGGUCUUCAAUCUGCGCGGCCUUUCCACCAUCUUUUGUCAACAAUAG